AUGGUGGUCAAGGCUAUUGCUAGGAAUUCCAUUGCGCGGAACGGUGUAGGUGCGUUUGUGCAGCCCUGCAAGAAGGUGGUGCUGCAGUACUGCAACUGGGGCGGGUCCUCUGCCGGGAUGAGGGCGUUCCUGAGGUCGCGCAGGCUGGACAUGCUGGCUGCCAAAGAGCCGCACAUACAGUUCGAAGUGGUGAACAAGUCGGGCCACCCGCUGGUGCGGGCGCAGUACACCAACGGCAGGGAGAAGGUCAUUUGCGUGCGGAACCAGAAUAUAGACAACGUCGAGAACAAGAUCAAGCUGUUGAAGGACUGCAGCGGCGAGAUACUGCACAAGCGUGUCGCCGGCCACAACGUCGAGUCCCUCAACCAGAGCGUAAGAGGCAUAUGGUCGCCAAUGCACGCCGCAAGAAAGCACAAGGUGUGA